AUGUUGGGUCCAGCCUUGGGUGCUUCCUUGCAUAACAUCCUGACCCGAGUCAAGUCCUAUCCCAAAGCCUACCCUUCUAUCGAUCUAGCAUACUCGUCUACGGAUCCUCUUCGCAACCCAGUCGUAUUGCAACUCCCUUCUAAUGGACUAAGGCUCCGCUUCGAUGGACCCGACCAGAGACUCCGCUUGAUUGAAGUCCUGGACUUCCCGCGAGUAACCCUGAUCUACAAGGGUCAGGAUGUGCUCAAAGCUGGCAAAAUAGGAGAAACAACAACUUCCUCCCCACAAGGUCCCAGCUUUCGACAUGUCUACAACCGCCUCUUUGGCCCGUCCUACCCGGGCGAGUAUGUUCCGCCGGCGGACAACUCCCCCUAUGGAACUUAUGUUCUAUCCUACCCGGGUGUUUCAUUCACAUUCCCUCUUCAACACUCAGCUUGGUCCGAUCAGUGUGACUUUGUAGCCUUGUUGUCAUCCUCCGCUGCUCUGCCAGCUACCUCCAUGGCUAUCUUCCAAGGGUCAUCCUGGCCUGAGGUUCGUGCAAAGCUGUUUACGCAGCCACCCCAAUAUCCCCGCUCAUCAGCAGUGGUCGGAAAGUCACGCGACUCCUUCGCCGAUGAGGUAGAACAAUUUCAUAUCCUCGGGGCCGGGAAGUUGGAAAUAGUUAGGCGAACAAGUCCACAGUUGCGCAUUAAUCUAGGGGAGACUACCCCUCAGGAUUUGAUUGCAGAAUUUGGUCCUCCGGAUGCGAUUUAUCGUAAACAUGAUCGACGAAUAUCCAUUCAUCGCGCUGCAGCAGCGGGCGGGGAUAAUCUCCAUCUGAGCCCCUCGCCGGGUCGAGGGAUGGAUAUACCUGACACUGACCACUCCUCCACGAACAGUGUGACGGAUGACUCAGACGAAGAAAUAUCUCUUGGCCGCCUCGGUGACUCGGCUUCGCUUCCAGCAGAAUGUUUCUUCAAUUACUUCCAUCAUGGCUUCGAUGCUUUUAUUUCAUACCCAACAACUCCAGGACCAGCAUUUCCAACGUCCGAACUCUCAGAGCAACCACAUUCACCUCCAUCUUCUCCCCAACUUACAGUCACUAAAAUCAUUCUACAUGGAAAUGUGCCAGGGUCAUAUCCUUUUAAUCGCCACCGCCGGAGCCGUUGGAUAAUUCAUUUCGAUGAUUCUGACGACGGGCUCACUUCCGAAUCGCCCUAUGAGGAAAUCUCAACGCGACUUCGUGAUAUUUGGAAAGAAUCUUACAAUAACCAAGUAGAAGAGCGUGCUAUGCAACGACCCAUGGUGUUGAAUCGUGGUUGGGGUGAUAGCCCUGAAAGUAGCGUUGAGUUCCUUGGAGGUUGGGAAGAACCCUCCUCCAAAGGUCCUAGAUCAAGCUCAGAUAGCCACGACGGUGGCUUGGGGAAUACGGAGCUGUUUGGCUUCCCAGGUCUCUUAUUUGAAGUAUUGAAGAACGGCGCGGUGAGCUGCUUAACAGUCUAUUGA